AUGAAUUUUUUUGAAUAGAGUUUUGGAAAAGAGGAUCCUUUUUAAAAGACAGCUUAAUUCUUUAAUCCUGAUGCCAUAAAAACUAAUUAAUAAAUAUUUAAAAGGAGAAGAGAGAAUUCUUUACCUUAAUAAAAUUUGGCUGCAAUUAAAAAUAUGUUGUUGAAAACUAAGCUAUUACAAAAGAAUCCUGUUUCUAGAAAAAAUACUAUGUAUUCAAUAAAUGAUUCCAAUAAAGAAAAUUUAGCUAAUUAAUAAAGCACAAAAUAAAGUACAAAACAAAGUACAUAAUAAAGUGCUUAGGAUGGUUCAGAUACUUGUUAUAAUAUUUUUAAUUAUCUUGAUUAAAAUAUUAAGUAAUCUCCAAAAUCUUUUAUUCAAUAACAAUAUGAAUCAUGUAAACCAAUAAAAAAAUCAAAUAUUUUUUAAUACAAUAGUUAAGAUAUUAAUCAAUUAGAUAAUAAUUCAAAAAACUAUAAAAUAUCUAGUUAAGAAAAAAAAAGAAUAAUAAAAGUAACUGAUCCAUAUGGAAUAUUUACUAAGUAAUUAAUCUCAGUUCCUAGAAAGUAUUCAUCUAAAUCUUUUGUUAAUUAAAAAGCUUAAAUCAAAUUAGUUGAUAGAAUAUUUUCAUCCAGAUCAGAUAGUUUAUAAGAAUGA